AUGGCUUCUGUUAUUGAACUGCCUAUACCUGAGGCGUACGAUGUGUCGACUAGAACGGGGUUUCUACCGGAAGUUUUAUCUUGCGAGUCCGAUUUGCACCCAUACUACCAGCCAUGGAUCCGGGUUACUCAGGACUUGCAUAAUUUAAUUGGGGACAAUCGAAUACGAGACGUCGUGAUUGAGCUUCCAGUCUUGAGCUGUGAGCGCCUGGAGACAAUAUCGCAGCGAAGAAAAGCAUACUCGAUGCUAGGCUUUAUCUGCCACGCAUAUAUUUGGGGAAGCGAAGAGCCAGCAGAGAUUAUCCCUGAAUCAGUAUCAAGCCCGCUCUUGUUGAUCUGCAAGUCAUUGGAAAUGCCCCCCGUUGCGACCUAUGCUGGAUUAGUACUGUGGAAUUAUACAGUUGCACAGGACAUAGAGCCUAUUUAUCGAAUUGAUAACCUCUCAACUCAGAUAACCUUCACGGGUGCGAUCGACGAGAGCUGGUUCUACCUCGUCUCGGUAGCCAUCGAGGCUAGGGGAGGUCCACUAGUCAGGGCCAUCCUGGACGCAGUUCGUUAUGCGCGAGAGAACAAUGUCAAUGCGGUGAUAACUCAGCUUAUUUGUCUUCUCGAGGGUAUCCAUGAUAUAUCCGCGUUGACACAGCGCAUGUAUGACAACUGCGACCCGCACUUCUUCUACAACAAGAUCCGUGUGUUUCUUGCCGGUAGCAAGGGAAAUCCAAAACUUCCCAGUGGCGUAUACUUCGAUAAUGGAACACAUCCAAUGCAACCAGUUCGACUUUCUGGAGGGUCGAAUGCACAGUCGAGUCUAAUCCAACUCAUUGACCUUGCUUUGGGUGUCAGACAUCAUCCCACCAAGACCCAUGCAGGCAAACGGUUCCCUAAUUCGCUCCACGAGGAAGACCCUGAGUUUGUGGCAAGCAUGCGAGACUAUAUGCCUGGUCCUCACCGGCAAUUCCUACUCCACUUCGCCCAGGUUGCCAAUAUUCGAGCAUUUGUCGAGAUGAACCGGGAUCACGAACAUCUUAUCAACUCGUAUAAUGCUUGUAUCACUGCCUUAGUGAGAUUCCGAGAUAUACACCUACAGAUCAUAGAUCGCUACAUCCUUCUCCAGGAUACGAACAGUAAUCGUAAUGCGAGGAGGCGGCAGGGAGCUCGCGAGUCAUGUCCAGUACACAUCAACUCGAAACCUCGUUCUGGGGGUCUGACUACCGCAAUAUUGAACCACGAGGACAGCAAAGUUACUGCGCGGGGAACAGGAGGUACAGCGCUUCUUCCGUUCCUCAAACAGAUCCGAGACGAGACCUGUUACUCCCUCGCUUGA